AGAGUCGAACAACCACCACCAAAAUGGCGAAGAUCGCCAAAACGCACGAAGACAUCGAGGCCCAGAUCCUGGAGAUCCAGGGGAUGAAGGCGACCCUGCUGGAGGAAGGAGAGCAGGGAGUGGGCCUCGAUUCCACCGGCUUUUUUGACCAGGAGAUCUACGGAGGCAGCGACAGCCGCUUUGCUGGAUAUGUCACGUCCAUCGCGGCCAACGAACAGGAAGAUGAUGAGGAAGAGGAUUCGUCGACAAGCUUGUUGGGACAAAAGAAGCCCGGGUACCAUGCCCCGGUGGCAAUACUCAACGCCAUUCCUCAGUCAGACGAGCAAUACGACCCAUUUGCAGAGCAUCGUCCGCAGAAGAUUGCAGAGCGAGAAGAUGAAUACAAAGCUCGACGCAGACAGAUGAUCAUCUCACCGGAGCGCCUCGACCCUUUUGCAGAUGCAGUACUGCUUUGCCAGUCCUGUACUGCACUCUGUUAAGGGUGCAGCAACUCAUCCUGUGUAGGUUAUGGGGAACACAGUGCGUUUAUCAGUUUGGUCAGGGUCCACUGGCUGCUUGUUUUGGGUCCUGUGAGGGGAAUCAGAUGCAGCCCAGCUACAACAAACCUCAACCCCCAACAGCCUCUUACUUUACUUAUCAAUUUCGUGCAAAUUUAGAUUAAACUUCAUGAUGGAAGGUUACUGCCCAAAUAUUUGACUCUCAUCCUUAUUUCAUCUCUGUCCUCGAAAGGAAGUCAAGAUUUAAAAUGUACGCUCAUAGGAUGAUAACUAGUGGCGGCGUCGCAUGUCAACGGGGCUCUGACAUGUCGCGCCGCCAUAUUUCUGAUAGUUGGACUAGAUUCAUCAUAAUGUCUUUUGCCACAUUUUUAUAUUAGAAUGCCAGAAUAGAUGCUCAUAUAUUUAAUGUCAUUCCUAGAUGUAGCCUCAACAUCUUGACUUCAUUUUUAUACGCUAGUGUAAAUAAUUGGGAAUCUGGACCACAUGAUCUCCAUAUAUAUAUAUUUUUUUUCUCUAGUUUUGUGGUUAUGCCCCAAGGAGAUACUUUUUUUUUUUUUUUUGAGUGCCGUAAAUCAAUGCAACACAGGUGGUAUACUGUUGUGUGUGAGUUCAAACCCUUUUCCAAAGUGUUACUAAUGGUAAAGAGACAUUUUCUAGGCUUCUUUUCUGCCGGUUGAAGUCUGACUGCAGAGGGACCAUGGCACUGAAAGUGUACGUAUUCUGAAGAGCACAGCCCAGGACCCCCCUGCAUCAGUGAUGGCUAUAACUUCUUAAUCCACUUUAAGAAAACACCACAACCACAGCUCUUCUCUCUAUGUAUCUGCUUGUUUUUCAUUAGUAUGCUAUGACUGUAUGUAAGAAAAGACAAAUGUAUAUUUGUAUGUAAUUUCAGUAGGAAUUGUUUUGUGAAUCAGCCGUUUAUAACCACAGGAGCGUAAGUUAAUCUGUUGGUAAAGAAGAGUCAGGAUUAGCUGGCUGUGUUUGUGCUUGCUGUGUUUGUACUAACGUGGGUCCCCGGAGCGAAUACUGAUCAGUGUCCUUUGUUCUUGUUGGUGCUCUUUCGCGCAGGGGGCAAAACGCCGGACCCCAAGCUGCAGGUCAGGUCGUACGUGGACGUCAUGUUGGAGCAAAACCUGUCCAAAGAGGAGAGGGAGAUCCGUCUGCAGAUGGUAGAGAAGGCCAAAGCUGGGGAGCUGAAGGUCGUCAACGGGUCCGCUGCCUCGCAGGCUGCCGCGAAACGUAAACGUCGCUGGGACCAGACCGCUGACCAAACCCCCACAAAUACCACACCCAAAAAGAUGUCCAGCUGGGACCAAGCUGAUUCGUCUGCUGAGACUCCAGGACACACCCCGGGACACACUCCUGCACACACACCCUCAAACAGCCGAUGGGACGAAACCCCUGGUCGCGCUAAGGGCAGUGAGACCCCCGGGGCCACUCCCAGUACCCGCAUGUGGGAUCCCACUCCCAGUCACACACCCGCUGGCGCCGCCACCCCUGGCAGGGACACGCCUGGCCACGCCACGCCCGGCCACGGCGGCGCCACGGGGAGCGUACGCAAGAACCGCUGGGACGAAACCCCGAAGACGGAAAGGGAGACCCCGGGACACGGCAGCGGCUGGGCCGAAACGCCACGCACAGACAGAGGGGACGAGUCGGUGGGCGAGACUCCGACCCCGGGGGCCAGUAAGAGGAAGUCUCGCUGGGAUGAGACCCCUGCCAGUCAGAUGGGAUCCUCUACACCACUACUGACCCCGGGAAAAACUCCCAUAGGAACGCCAGCUAUGAACAUGGCGACCCCAACACCAGGUCACCUGAUGAGCAUGACUCCAGAGCAGCUGCAGGCGUGGAGGUGGGAGCGGGAGAUUGAUGAGCGGAACCGGCCUCUCACAGACGAUGAGCUUGACGCCAUGUUCCCAGAGGGAUACAAGGUGUUGCCGCCACCGGCGGGCUACGUGCCGAUCCGCACCCCGGCCCGUAAACUGUCAGCCACCCCAACGCCCCUCGGAGGCAUGACGGGCUUCCACAUGCAAGUGGAGGACCGCACCACCAAACAGAUGAAUGACCAGCCCUCAGGAAACCUGCCCUUCCUCAAGCCCGACGACAUCCAGUAUUUCGACAAACUGCUGGUGGAGGUGGAUGAGUCCACGCUGAGCCCCGAGGAGCAGAAGGAGAGGAAGAUCAUGAAGCUGCUGCUGAAGAUUAAAAAUGGAACACCGCCCAUGAGAAAGGCCGCUCUGCGUCAGAUCACGGAUAAAGCUCGCGAGUUCGGAGCCGGCCCGCUGUUCAAUCAGAUCCUGCCGUUACUCAUGUCGCCCACCCUGGAGGACCAGGAGCGCCACUUGCUGGUUAAAGUCAUCGACCGCAUUCUCUACAAACUGGAUGACUUGGUUCGACCGUACGUACACAAGAUCCUGGUGGUGAUCGAGCCCCUGCUGAUCGAUGAGGACUACUACGCCAGAGUAGAAGGCCGAGAAAUCAUCUCUAACUUGGCAAAGGCCGCCGGUUUGGCCACCAUGAUCUCCACGAUGAGGCCCGACAUCGACAACAUGGACGAGUACGUCAGAAACACCACGGCCCGAGCCUUCGCCGUGGUGGCCUCCGCUCUGGGCAUUCCCUCCCUCCUGCCGUUUCUCAAAGCCGUGUGUAAAAGCAAGAAGUCCUGGCAGGCCAGACACACGGGCAUCAAGAUCGUGCAGCAGAUCGCCAUCCUCAUGGGCUGCGCCAUCCUGCCCCACCUCCGCAGCUUGGUGGAGAUUAUCGAACACGGUCUGGUGGACGAGCAGCAGAAGGUGAGGACCAUCAGCGCCCUGGCUAUCGCCGCCCUCGCUGAAGCUGCCACGCCCUACGGUAUCGAAUCCUUCGACUCGGUCCUCAAGCCGCUCUGGAAGGGCAUCAGGCAGCACAGAGGAAAGGGUCUCGCCGCUUUCCUCAAAGCCAUCGGUUACCUGAUCCCGCUGAUGGACGCCGAGUACGCCAACUACUACACCAGAGAGGUGAUGCUGAUCCUCAUCAGAGAGUUCCAGUCCCCCGAUGAGGAGAUGAAGAAGAUUGUCCUCAAGGUGGUGAAGCAGUGUUGCGGCACCGAUGGUGUGGAAGCCAACUACAUCAAGACCGAGAUCCUGCCCCCCUUCUUCAAGCACUUCUGGCAGCACAGGAUGGCCCUGGACAGACGCAACUACAGACAGUUGGUGGACACCACAGUGGAGCUGGCCAAUAAAGUGGGAGCGGCGGAGAUCAUUUCUCGCAUCGUCGACGACCUGAAGGACGAGGCGGAGCAGUACAGAAAGAUGGUGAUGGAGACCAUCGAGAAAAUCAUGGGCAACCUGGGAGCGGCCGACAUCGACCACAAGCUGGAGGAGCAGCUGAUCGACGGCAUCCUGUACGCCUUCCAGGAACAGACGACCGAGGACUCCGUCAUGCUCAACGGCUUCGGCACGGUGGUGAACGCCCUCGGGAAGCGCGUGAAGCCCUACCUGCCUCAGAUCUGCGGUACGGUGCUGUGGCGUCUCAACAACAAGUCCGCCAAAGUCCGUCAGCAGGCCGCCGACCUGAUCUCCCGUACCGCCGUGGUGAUGAAGACUUGCCAGGAGGAGAAGCUGAUGGGUCACUUGGGUGUGGUGCUGUACGAGUACCUGGGAGAGGAGUACCCCGAGGUGUUGGGUAGCAUCCUGGGAGCCCUGAAGGCCAUCGUCAACGUUAUUGGUAUGCACAAGAUGACCCCGCCGAUCAAAGACCUGCUUCCUCGUUUGACUCCCAUCCUGAAGAACAGACACGAGAAGGUGCAGGAGAACUGCAUCGACCUGGUGGGCCGGAUCGCAGACAGGGGAGCCGAAUAUGUGUCGGCCAGGGAAUGGAUGAGGAUUUGUUUUGAGCUGCUGGAGCUGCUGAAGGCUCACAAAAAAGCCAUCCGCAGAGCCACCGUCAACACGUUCGGGUACAUCGCCAAAGCCAUCGGCCCCCACGAUGUGUUGGCCACGCUGCUCAACAACCUGAAGGUCCAGGAGCGUCAGAACCGAGUCUGCACGACCGUGGCCAUCGCCAUCGUCGCCGAGACCUGCUCUCCGUUCACGGUGCUGCCGGCGCUCAUGAACGAGUACCGCGUGCCCGAGCUCAACGUGCAGAACGGCGUGCUCAAGUCCCUCUCCUUCCUGUUCGAGUACAUCGGGGAGAUGGGCAAAGACUACAUCUACGCCGUCACGCCGCUGCUGGAGGACGCGCUCAUGGACCGAGACCUGGUCCACAGACAGACGGCCAGUGCCGUAGUCCAGCACAUGUCUCUGGGCGUCUACGGUUUCGGCUGCGAAGACUCCCUCAACCACCUGCUCAACUACGUGUGGCCCAACGUGUUCGAGACGUCGCCGCACGUGAUCCAGGCCGUCAUGGGCGCCCUGGAGGGGCUGCGGGUCGCCAUCGGGCCCUGCCGCAUGCUGCAGUACUGCUUACAGGGUUUGUUCCAUCCGGCCAGGAAGGUGCGGGACGUCUACUGGAAGAUCUACAACUCCAUCUACAUCGGCUCGCAGGACGCGCUCAUCGCUCACUACCCGCAAGUCUACAACGACGACAAGAACAUGUACGUCCGCUACGAGCUGGAUUACGCCUUGUAAAUAUGAAUAUUCACGCGUCCCCCCCCCCCCGUCCCCCCCUUCUCUCUCUGCCACCGUCGUCUCCUAAUCUCGAGACUCGAGAGUCCGUUUCUAUUUAGCAACAGUAAUGCGUUCACUUGAUUUCCCCCCCCCCCCCUCCGAGCUGAAGAAUGAGCAUGAAAAAUUAGGAGAAAUAAGAGGAACAUUGUAGAGUCUGUAUGUAAUUUUCUUUUUCUUUUUUUUAUUACUACUCUUUUGAGUGUUUUCGCUGUAAGAAAUGACCGAGGUCAGACGAGCCUCGAUUUUUUUGAAGAAUG